AAAAAAAAAGAAAAAAAAAAAAAAAAAAGAACUGCGAUUUAUUUUUAAGCAUGUUUUAUAGUUUUACCUCCCCAAAAUCUCUCAGUCUCCCAUGAAAUAUUAUGCCUUGCUUGCUUCUCUCUCUCGCUCUCUCUCUCCAAAAUGCGAGGCAUUGAGAGAGACUGAACUCUGAGUUGAGUCUUAUACGUUUUGUAAUCAAAAGUUGUUGUCUUGCUUUCUCAUCUCAUGUGGGUAUGUCAGCUAAGAGAGAGAGAGAGAGAAAGAGAAGGAGAGAGAAUAUAUGAGGAAGUGAGCUUUUUUUUUUUUUUUUUCCUUUCACAGUGUAUAGCAAUCUUCAAAAUCCAGCCUUUACAGCAAAACCCAGCUAAAUUUUUGGUCUUUACUAUUUAAGCUGUCACCAUCUUGAGAUGUAUUGACAGCGAAACAAGUCUACUUUUUGUCUGCUUGUUUGCUUGAGUUAUUUCAGACUCUCUACAUGCCCCAAGUUUGUCUGCAAUUUGAGUUGGAACUUGGAUGUGCAACUUGUUGUGCUUUGUAUGAACUUUUUUAAUUAAUGGGUUGUUGCAGAAAUGAAUGAAAGAGUCUAUAGGCAGAUCAAUUCUGGACUUGAGAAGCAGACUUGGGAGCAUUUCUGAGAUGGGUUUUUGAUUUUGUCUCUGAUUAGUUUGAGUGGGCACCAACUUUUUGUCCAAAAAAAAAAAAAAAACCAGAGAGAAAGUUUAGGAUAAGUAAAUGCAAGUUCUUAGUGGGAAGAUGAGAGAUUUCCCAUCCUGUUUUGGUGAAAAUGGGGUUCAAGUUGCUGAUUCUUCAUCAUCAAGCACCAGUAGGGCUGCCCAGAAUUUAGUUACUUGCGUCUAUCAAUGCCGUUUACGCGGGCGGUCUUGCUUGAUUACUGUCACAUGGAGUAAAAAUUUGAUGGGUCAAGGCCUUGGAAUUGGGAUCGACGAUUCGUCGAAUCAGUGUCUCUGCAAGGUUGAUAUUAAGCCCUGGUUGUUCUCCAAGAGAAGAGGGUCCAAGAGUUUAGAAGCAUACUCUUGUAAAAUUGAUAUAUAUUGGGACCUUUCUUCAGCAAAAUUCGGACCCGGGCCUGAACCUUUGGAGGGAUUUUAUGUUGCAGUUGUUGUUGAUCGACAGAUGGUUCUCCUUCUUGGGGAUUUGAGAAAAGAAGCUUUCAAGAAAACUAAUGCCACCCCUGUGACUUCUAAUGCUGCUUUCAUUUCCAAGAGAGAGCAUAUUUUUGGCAAGAAGGUGUUCAGUACCAAGGCUCAAUUUUUUGAUAAUGGUCAAAUUCAUGAUCUUGUGAUCGAAUGUGACACUGUUAGUGUCAAUGAUCCGUGCCUGGUGAUCCGCGUAGAUAGCAAGCCCCUGAUGCAGGUGAAGCGGCUUCGAUGGAAGUUCCGGGGGAAUCACAUAAUUUUGGUUGAUGGGCUCGCAGUAGAAGUUUUGUGGGAUGUUCAUAAUUGGCUCUUUGGUACAUCACUUGGAAAUGCUGUUUUUAUGUUCAAAACAUGCCUCUCCCCUGAGAAGUUGUGGGCAAGCCAACCCCUCUCCGAUCCAAACCUAUUGCCAUGGUCUUUCUCGCAAAGAUUUUCAGAUUCCAAAUCACAAUCUCAUGGUUUCGCACUGAUUUUGUAUGCUUGGAAGAAUGAAUAGAUAUAUUAAAUAGAAUUUUCAUUGAGUGCUAACAAAAGCUUUUAAUGAGUGUUGAUAUUUAUCAACUCUGUUAUUGGAUUACACUUAAUUUCAUUAAAUGGCCCAUUAUAUUCUUCUUGUC